UCCAGUGUUUACAUAGCAGUUUCGCCCACGCAUUCCGUGAUCUCGUUUGAUAACAAAGGUAAAAGAGGUAAAUCUGGUAAAUACACAGUGUACACGUUUUUCGAGGCGUGGGUACUUGAGGUGUGCGGUCUGCGGUCUGCGGUCUGCGGUCUGCGUUUUCGAGGUCUGUGUGAACGGGACACCUGAGAGAAUAUUGCUUUGUACGAUAUCACUUGUACGUUUCAUUGUUCAUCUAGAUGUAUUGCAUUACUUCACGGUAGUACUUUGUGUGCCCCGGGUUUAAGUUUUCCUGUUUUAGUGUUAUUUAGUCCUUAUGUCAGCCAAAAGAACUUACGCAGAAGUUGUAUCGGAAGCUGAGAAUACUCCAAAUGACAGCCAAACCUGGAUGAUAGCUUAACAGCAGGAAAGCGAAGAAGAUGCCCUGAAAAAGGCCAUCCAAUUAACCAAGAAUGACUCAAUAAGUGAUAGCAGCGACGAAGACUGGUCCAUUGUCCAAACUCCUGGAUUUGGCAAUAAAGGAAACAGUGGACAAGAUGGAUCGGGUUCUUCUGGUUACAUUCCUGUAAUCGAUUAGACCGAAAAUCCGUCGCCAGCGAAAAUAAAACAGACAAGGAUCCUCUGGUGCAAAAAUAUUCAGAGCUUACCACCAAAAAAUGAAUUACACAGAGGCUGACAAAGCAUGUAGAAUUAAAAAUUAUGGUGACUAUCUCGCAAAAAUAAAAACCACUAACGACCUUCAGUUGGCUAGAAACAUAUCAAAUACCACUAAUGGCAUGAAGUACUGGAUGGGUCUCAAUCUCCGGAAUGGUGAUUGGGAAUGGAGUGACAAAAAGAUGGCUGGUAUAAAACUUGUCGAUAUCGUAAAGAACUUAAAUCGUACAGAAGCACUGUCCAAAGAGCCAAGGAAGUUCUGCUGUUUGGUAACCCAUGAUGCUCUCUUGGAGUGCACUAACUGCAGUGAGAAACAUGCCUUUAUAUGCGAAGAUUUCCAGGAAUUACCGCCACCUCCGAAACGCUUCACGGUAGAGAAUGUUCAGACAAGGUAUCUUAUUUUGACCUGGGAUGAGCCAGAAAAUGCCAGCUUUCAGCAAAUAUUAAGCUACACCGUGGAGCAGAGGACAUCAAUAUCGGAUAACUUUACAGUAUUGAAGACGAUUCCGUAUCCUGAGACCAAAAUGAUUAUGGAGAACUUGGAGCCCUCCACAGAAUACACCAUCAGAUUAUCAAGCAACAAUAUGCAUGGGAGAUCAGAGGGUGUAUUGGUAACACAGAGGACACUGCCGAACAAUUUUUUUAUGAAAUUGAUGCUGAAAAUAGUGUUGCCACUAAGCUUAGCAUCGUUAUUAGUUGUGGUCGUUUGCGUCAAGUAUGGACCUAUUAGAAAUUCCAAGCGAGGCACAGGGUAUACUGAGCCGCAGACACCGCUCAACCCUCUUUGCAAUUGGGUUGAAAUUCCCAGAACGGAUGUUACACUUAAAGAGAAGCUGGGGGAAGGUGCAUUUGGGCAAGUGUACAAAGGCUUAGUGCGCAUGGGUGGACAAGUCAGGGCAUGUGCAGUAAAGAGUAUUAAAGAAGAUGCUAGAGAGAAAGACGCGGAGGAUUUAUUCAACGAGCUUCAAAUCCUGCUUACAGUUGGUGAACAUCCUAAUAUCAUAAGUCUCAUUGGAGCUUGCACAAAGUCUGGAUCAAUUUUGAUGAUUGUUCGUCUUGCUCCAAAUGGCUGCUUGUUGAACCAACUGAGGAACAGAGAAAAUCCCUUGGAAGAUGAUGUGGAAAGACAGGUUGGAUUCACACGUGUGGACAAAGUAAGGAUCGCAAGGGAUGUGGCCAAUGGAAUGUCUCACCUCGCCAGCAAAAAGUGUGUUCAUCGCGACCUUGCUGCAAGAAAUGUGUUACUUGGCGAGAGGAAUAUUGCCAUGAUUUCUGACUUCGGCUUGUCGCGUGAUGUGUACGAAAGUGGGGAAUAUGAAACUCUUCGAGGGGAAUUGUUACCAGUUCGUUGGAUGGCUCUUGAGUCUAUGGAGGAUCUCGUAUUCAAUACAAAGACAGACGUGUGGUCGUUUGGGAUACUAUUAUGGGAGAUGGAAUCUAGAGGUAAAAGGCCAUAUAUCGGUCUAACAAGCGGUGGUAUUAUGAGCUUUUUGUGGAAAGGAAAAAGAUUACCAAAGCCGGAAGAAUGCCCGAGUGAAAUUUACGAUUUGAUGAAGUCUUGCUGGAAUCUACAUCCGGAGAAACGUCCUUCAUUUGCAGAUCUUUUGGCGUUCCUCGAGAAUGAACUUACUGAAAACAAAGAGGAUUUCCAAGGGGAUAAGAACCGUCUUGGAACGGAACCAAAGGGAAUUACAAAUAUUCACAGCAUGAAAACGCACCUUUACGAAAACGGAACCGGAUUAAUGACAGAAACGCUGCAUAUGGAUUCAGGAGUUUUCGUAGGAGUCCAAAUACCUAUAGGCUGAUGAGAAGUUAUUAUACCUCCGCGUUUGUAUGUUAUCAAAACGAACUGUUGUGGUCCACCAUUGGUCCUUUCG